AUGGCUUCUUCAUCUGGAUGGUUUCCAGAAGAUGAGUCAACAUUGUUUCAAUCAUCAAGUUCUUCAUCCACAUCCUCAGAGGAUGAAGAGCUUUUUUCCAUUCGUAUGAGGAGAGAGACUCAAAAUAUGCUUAAUUGUGAUCGUGAAAAAAGUCAUCAGCAAUUAUGGGAUGACUAUUUUUCUGAUAAUUGCACUUAUUCACCUGAUUUUUUUCGCAGGCGUUUUAGGAUGCGUAGAGAGUUAUUUCUUCGUAUCUCGAAUGAUCUUGAAAAUCAUAACUCAUACUUCAUCCGAAAGAGAGAUGCUAUUGGCCGCCUUGGUCUAUCCUCUAUUCAAAAAACAACUAUUGCACUUCGUAUACUUGCUUAUGGAUUUUCUGCAGAUCAUUGUGAUGAAUAUUUCAAGAUUGGGGAGACGACUGCAUCAACGACAUUAAAGAUAUUUUGUUCCUCGAUAAUUGAAUUGUACGAGGAACAAUACAUGCGCUCACCAAACGAAUUUGAUAUUGCUCGUUUACUUCAAGAAGGUGAAUCGCGAGGAUAUCCAGGUAUGCUUGGUUCUAUAGAUUGUAUGCAUGGGGAAUGGAAAAAUUGUCCAACUGCUUGGCAUGGCACACAUAGAGGCCGCCAUCAUAAACCGACUUUAAUUCUAGAAGCAGUUGCAUCCCAAGACCUUUGGAUUUGGCAUUCAUUUUUUGGCAUGGCAGGUGGUAAUAAUGAUAUUAAUUUCUUAGAUCAUUCUCCACUAUUCGACCAACUCAUACAUGGUAGAACGCCUCCAAUUAAUUAUACAGUGAAUGACCAUUCAUAUACAAUGGGAUAUUACUUAACCGAUGGUAUUUACCCCAAGUAUGCAACUCUCAUUCAAACGAUUCCUCAUCCUACCACUUCAAAAGAAAAAUUAUUUGCUCGAAAACAAGAGGCUGUCCGAAAAGAUGUAGAACCUGCAUUUGGUGUGUUACAAAUUAGAUGGGGCAUAACACAAGGGCAUGUACGCUAUUGGUCAAAAACAGAUCUAUGUGACAUAAUGAAAACUUGUAUUAUCCUUCAUAAUAUGAUUAUAGAAGAUGAACGAGAAACUGAGUACGACGUAUGGAAACCUUUGCCAGAAGAAAAUAUUUUUCCUCCCGAAUAUGGUCGAGAUCCAUCAAUUCUUGUGUCUCACAUCUCGGCGCGUCUUGGUCGAAUUCGCAAUCACCGAACCAAUGAAGUCUUGAGAUCUGAUCUUACAAACCAUUUGUGGAAUAUCUUUGGAGAUGAGGAGGCUUAA